UUCAGUCAUCACACAAAAUGGAGACCCUGGUGUAUUUUAACGUUUUCAUUCUAGUAACUCUCCCCCAUCAACCAGCAUCCAGCAUGUUUGUGGAGAAGGGACAGAAUGUCCAUCUAGACGUACCAGGAUAUGAGAAACAUAAAGAGAAGAUUGGCCCAUUCAUUUUAUUUACCUGGAAUUUUAAUGGAGUAGAAAGUGUAGUAGCAUAUAAUAAACAAGGGCACCAGGCCUUCAUUCCGUAUGUUAGGUUUAGUGAGGUGAAUCUCUCUCUGCUACUGGAAAACGUACAGGAAAGAGACAGUGGAAGUUACACUGCAAUACUGGGUGUUGAAAUAGUUGCAGAAUAUCUGAUAUCAGUUCAAGAGAGAGUUGAGCCACCUGUUUUGACAGUGGACUCUGUCUCCUCCAUCCUUGACACCUGUAAUGUGACUGUGACCUGCAGAGGUCAGAACACCACGGUCACCUCCAUCUGUAACAACCACACCUGUUCUCAGGUGGGAGGAGGGAGUAGUGGGUCUGAGACCUCCACUGUCUCCCUGCUCUCUGUCUAUGUGGCAGGUGGCACCAUCAUCUGUAACCACAGCAACCAAGUCAGCUGGGCCAACGACAACAAGGAGAUAGUGGAAUUAUGUCCAAUGAAAUCUGUGUCUCCCCCUGCUGAUGUCAUGUCCAUCUGCAUGCUAAAGAUUAUCCUGCUGUCUGUGGGGCUGGUCGCCAUGAUCUCUGCUGUCACCACCGUCCACAUCAGGGAGAGAUUCUACAAACAAACCUGAUAGAAUGCCAAUACGAAUGUCACUGUAAAAUAACAUCUUAACAAUUUUUAGCAUUACACAUUUUCCAGUCCUUUAUUGCCCCUGUCCCAACUUUUUAGAAACAUGUUGCUGGCAUCAAA